AUGAAACACGCCGGCUACUAAAUUGUGCUGUUGAACCCGGGAAGAUAAUUAUAGAGCGAGUGAGAGACAAAAAGACGUGCGUUUGACACUCGUUAAUUUCAUCACAGAAGAGGACUGAGAUCUCCAUUUCUCUCUCCGUCUUCUACAGAUCCAUUUUUCUCUUUUAUCUUCUCUCUAAAUCCCUCAAUUUUUCUGAAUUUUUCGUACUAACGCCAUGAUUUCCUCUAGCAAGCUUAAAUCCGUCGAUUUUUAUCGAAAAAUUCCUAGAGAUUUGACGGAGGCAUCAUUGUCAGGUGCAGGAUUAUCAAUUGUCGCUGCUUUCUGCAUGAUUUUUUUGUUUGGUAUGGAGCUUAGCAGUUACUUGUCCCUCAAUACCUCAACUGCUGUGGUAGUUGAUAAGAGUCCUGAUGGGGAGUUCUUGCGCAUUGAUUUCAAUAUGAGCUUUCCAGCACUUUCUUGUGAAUUCGCUUCAGUGGAUGUGAGUGAUGUAUUGGGAACGAACAGGUUGAAUAUCACAAAAACAAUCCGCAAAUUUUCGAUAGAUUCACAUUUGAGACCAACUGGUCCUGAAUUUCUAUCUGGACCCACUACAAAUCUCGUUAAGCAUGAUGAUGAUGGCGAGGAAGACUAUGGUGAAGGUUCUCUUGUCCUAAGUGGGCAAAAUUUUGAUAGAGUCGCGCAGGAGCAUGAUAUUUUGGUCGUCAACUUUUAUGCUCCUUGGUGUUACUGGAGCAAAAAACUGAGACCUGCAUGGGAAAAGACAGCAAUGAUCAUCAGAGAGAGACAUGAUCCAGAAGCUGAUGGCCGUGUUGUUUUGGGGAAUGUAGACUGCACUGUUCAAGUUGAUUUGUGUAGGAGGCAUCAUAUACAAGGCUAUCCAUCUAUCCGAGUUUUUCGUAAAGGAAGUGAUGUAAAGGAUGACCAUGGACAUCAUGAACAUGAAUCUUACUAUGGGGACCGUGACACUGAUAGUCUUGUCAAGUUUGUAGAGUCUCUGGUUUCACCAAUUGCAUUGGAGAACAAGGCUCUCGCCCUUGAAGAUAAGUCUGGCAAUAAGACUGAGCAUAUAAAGAGGCCAGCGCCAUCUGCAGGUGGAUGUAGAAUUGAAGGAUUUGUCCGUGUUAAGAAGGUUCCUGGAAAUCUUAUUGUAUCCGCUCGUUCUGGAUCACAUUCAUUUGAUGCAUCUAAGAUGAACAUGUCUCAUAUUAUUAGUCAUCUUUCAUUUGGCAAGAGAAUUACGCCCAAGGUGAUGAGUGAUGUCAAAAGGAUCAUACCAUAUCUUGGUGCAAGUCAUGAUCGAUUAAGUGGUCGAUCAUAUAUCACUCUAGACGACUCGACAGAUGCAAAUGUUACUAUUGAGCAUUAUCUUCAAGUGGUAAAAACUGAAGUGAAAACAUCAAAUGAUCGCACAUUGGUUGAGGAGCAUGAAUAUACUGCACACAGUAGUUUGGUUCAGAGUCAUGACAUCCCAGUCGCCAAAUUUCACUUUGAGCUCUCUCCUAUGCAGGUGCUCAUCACAGAAAAUCCCAGAUCUUUUUCGCACUUCAUUACCAAUGUUUGUGCUAUCAUUGGUGGUGUCUUCACGGUUGCUGGGAUCUUGGACUCUAUUCUGCACAACACACUUCGGCUGGUGAAGAAAGUUGAGUUGGGAAAAAACUUUUGAUGGAAAGCAACACAUCUUAUGGUCUUGCUUCCCAAUGCAGGAGGAAGAGGGCUCUAUAGUCUAGUGUUGUAUGUUCACAAUUUUCCACAGGCCCUGAUAUUCAACUAUAGAAAUUUCAAUUGUGCAGUAGGGUGCGGACAGUAUAUAGAGAAAGAUUGACAACAUCUGUUCGAUUCUCUUUUAUUUCUUUUUAGAGAUACUUUUAUAAUUUCUCAUUAGACAUAUUGACAUACAGAUAGACAUACAGUAGCUUCUUCCUUCAUUCUCUUCUGAAUUCGACAAGUGUUGCAUUGUUACCACAAUUGGUAAUGAAGAAUAAAUCAACAAUGCAUGCGGAUUGUAGUGAUACUCAACUUCUCCUUUUGUUUGGUCUAUGAGAUCUGACUUGCUUGUCUUUCA